GUCGAUGAGAAGAAGCAAGCCGCUGCUGAUGUAUUGUAUAGUUAUUCCAAGUUUGCAAUGGCCUGCAUCGGAAACCAGACUCGUCCUACUGACAUGAGGUUGCAUCUGAUGAAGGAGAUCUCGGGAUUGUCAACUUCUCUGAAGAGAAGAGAAUCUUCAAGAGCAGCAACUUCUCCUGAUCCAGUGGGCGAAUCAUCAAGCUCUGGUACUGCUAGGCUAGAUAAAGUGGAUAGUUUCAGGGCACUUUGA